AUGUUGUUAUCGGAUAGUCAUUUCCCACUCCUUCUUCUUUCCAACAGAGACGAGUACUUUGCCAGGCCCACUCAGUUGGCGACACUCCGAGACACCAACAAAGGCACGCAAAUAUUGUCACCGCUAGACCUCGCAAGACCAGAACAUGGCACAUGGAUAGGUGUUUCUUCGGAAGGCAGGCUCUCUGUUUUGGUCAACUACAGAGAAGACACCGCUGCAGCAGGUAAAGUGUCAAGAGGCAUUCUCCCGCUUGAGUACCUUGUGUCAGACCUUCUGGACUCUGAGUGGUACGAUGGACUUGAAGAGAGAAUGAAUAAAAAAAGUGGUGUCACGGGCAAACCAACGAAAUUGAGUGAGAUUGGCGGGUUCACCUUGCUCUAUGGUACGCUUGAAUUAGACCGAAAGCACAAGCUCAGGCCCCUCAAUCUCAUGAGCAAUAGAGGCGACCGAGGGAGGGUGCAUUCACAAGAAGUGCUGCUAGACGACAUGCACGACCAUUUCCAUCGACAGGAGACCUUUGGGCUUUCUAACUCGCUAUACUAUAUGCCAUGGCUGAAGGUGGAGCUUGGGCGGAAGAAGCUAAGUAGUCUUGCUCGGAGGUCUGUGUCUGAAGGGUACAGCCAGGAAGAGCUCAUUGAAUCUUGCUUUGAGAUUUUGAGUUCUGACACUUACGACGCUGAAAUUCGAAAAAAGGGCACUUUUGACCAGAAGAUGAAGGAACUUCAAAACUCCAUCUUCAUUCCUCCUCUUGUCACGCCAUACGAGCUGAAGCUGAAAGAGAUGGGCUACGCUGUUGGUAAGUACUACGGUACGAGAACGCAAACGGUGAUUGCCCUUUCGAAAGAAGGCACGUUGCACUACUACGAACGGGACUUGUACAACGGCGACACCGACAAGAUGCACAUUCGUGAACAACAUCUACAGUUUAGCAUAGGCAACAAAUAG